AUGGCCUCCUCCCUCCCCCAAACCAUGAACGGCAUCCAAAUCCCCCGCACAGGCGGCACAGAAGUCCUAACCCACCACACGGACCUGCCCCUCCCCGCCCUCGCCGAGAACCAGGUCCUCGUCCGCAACGAAUACGCAGGCAUAAACUACAUCGACACCUACUUCCGCACCGGCCUCUACAAGGCGCCCCUCCCCAUCACCCCCGGCCGCGAAGGCGCCGGCACCGUCGUGAAAUCCCACCCCUCCGUCGGGACCCAAUUCAAAGAGGGCGAUCGCGUCGUCUACAUGGGCCCUUUUGGCUCCUACUCGGGCUACUCCGCCGUCAACGCCGCCCAGCUCCUGCGCAUCCCCGACGCGCUGGCCACGGAUAAAGCCGCCGCCGCGCUGCUGCAGGGUCUCACGGCCUGGACUUUUAUCCGCGAGGCGGGCGAGGUGAAGGAGGGGGAAUGGGUCCUCGUCCACGCGGCCGCCGGCGGCGUCGGGUUGCAGCUCGUGCAGAUGCUGCGUGCCGUGGGCGCGAGAGUGAUUGGCACGACGAGCACCGACGAGAAGUGCGCGCUGGCGAAGAAGAACGGCGCAGAGUUCAUUGUAAACUCGCGCUCGCAGGAUCUCGUGGAGGAGGUGAAGAAGAUUACGGGCGGGCACGGCGUGGAUGUCAUCUUUGACGGCGUCGGCAAGGCGACAUUUGAUAGCGAUAUCGAGAUGGCGGCGCGCAAGGGGAGGUUGGUCGUCUUUGGCAACGCGUCGGGAGCUGUUCCUCCGUUUGACAUCCUCAAGCUGGGUCCCAAGAACUUGAAGGUCAUGCGGCCCAUUGUCAACGGCUACACCGCGACCAGGGAGGAGCUGGAAAAGUACAGCACGGAGCUGUUUGACAUGAUUACGUCGGGCAAGGUGGAGGUGGCCAUCCACAAGGCGUACCCGCUCAAGGACGUCAAGCAAGCCCACGAGGACCUGGAGAGCCGCAACACGACGGGGAAGCUCAUCCUCAAGGUGGAUUGA